UUAUCCAUUUGGGGUUUACUUUCUUUUAAGGAGAGGGAAUCUCAUGGGACACGAGGAGGGUUGGUGGAGGUGGUCCCUGUUUUUUUUCUCCCUGGGUAAUUGUUGGGGUGGUUCCUUAGGGACGACUUGUCCCAGUUGCCCUUCCUGACCAUGUGCAUCAAGGAGAAUCUGCGGCUGCACCCCCCAGUCACGAUCGUCUCUCGCUGCUGUACCCAGGACAUUGUACUCCCAGACGGCCGAGUCAUCCCCAAAGGUGUUAUCUGCCUCAUCAGCAUUUUUGGGACCCACCACAACCCAUCCGUGUGGCCAGACCCCGAGGUCUAUGACCCCUUUCGCUUUGAGCCAGAAAACAUCAAGAAGAGGUCACCUCUGGCAUAUAUUCCCUUUUCUGCAGGGCCCAGGAACUGUAUCGGGCAGACGUUUGCCAUGGCCGAGAUGAAGGUGGUCCUGGCGCUCACGCUGCUGCGCUUCCGCGUCCUGCCUGAUGACCAGGAGCCGCGCAGGAAGCCGGAGCUCAUCCUGCGCGCGGAGGGCGGACUGUGGCUGCGGGUGGAGCCGCUGAGCGGGGGCGCGCACUGAACCCCGCCCCACACCCCGCCCACCGGCCUGUGUGGGUCAUUUAUUCAUUUAAGAAAUUGCAGAAGUGUCAGCUUUGAGAACUGUUUUUAAAUGAUUUCCCUCAUUUGUGGAGUGUAACAACGAAGCAAAAUGGAAGGACCAAAACAGCAGCAGACUCAGCCUCCAAGAAGGGACCAGCAGUUACCAAAGGGG